CCCAUCGUCCCCAUUAACUAUGUUUCCUAUCGGUUACUAGAUUUUUACUCCGACCAAAGGGGUUUACUAUCUGGCCCGGACGACCCUAUGUUAACCGGAGACCCUGAGCAUCGCAUAUUACAGCUAAUAGCUAAGGUGGCUACCGGAUAUGCGCACAGACUAGGUUAACUUCCCGGAACCUACUACGGUCAUGGAGUACCCCAUCUUCUUAAUAUCCUUCAUCUCCUUUAGAUAUAAUGGUAUCCAUUGUGCUGCCUCGAGGAUCGGGAGGCCAAAGAUCAUACGUCACAUGGAGGAAAGGAGGAUAUUCCCCACUCUUCCAAUGGUUCAUCAUUGUACCUCUUUGAAUGAAUUAUUAUCCCAAUGCCUAAUAUACCCAGUCUCCCUUUAUAUUAUAGUAAAAGUCUCGCGCUUAUUUACCGGGCAUGUCCAGCUAUUCUAAGAUGUGCAAUUGCAGCCCUCGCCGCGUCAUGUCAAACCACACUAAAAAAUGUUACAAUCGCUCGACUCCAUCAAUGAACCCUACAGGUUUUGCUGCUUCUAGUUGAAAUUAUUUAAAGGACGUCGGAUAGCCCUCAACAUGAAGGCUCAUGAGCUACUCGACAUAACUCAUUCUAAAACUACACUAUUCAAAGCACUUGACCAAGAUGGACCCGGCAUCCGAACACUCAUGGAAUCUGUUUCAGUAUAUUCGCGAGCUGCUCACUGCUCCCGAUAAGCACACUCACGACUGGAGCGAGGCAGAGUGUCAUAAUAUUCAAAAUAGCCCCCUUUACAGAUUGCCGGCCGAACUGCUUGGGAUUAUUCACGACUAUUUGACUCCCAACGACUCAUUCGCAUUAUCACUUUCCUGUGCUCGGUUCUACUUCUCUACCAUCCUUGCAGGGGUCCAACGCGACCUGAAAUCAACCGAAAUGGGCCAGUUCAUUGUCAAGUGCAUGCUUGAAGGGGUCGGAGAGAUAAAGGAGUAUUGCUGCCGGGGUUGCCUCACCACGCACCCUUCUUCUCAUUUCUCAAAGGAUGAACUGGAAAAGCGCCACGUAGAGCGCUAUUGCCUAAAAACCAAAAAGGUUCUAGCACUUGGGGCAUUUGGGUCAUAUCCCAAGAGCUUUAACGAGAUACAGGCCAUGAGGAGAAACAGGGAGUUGGAGGAAGGCUUCAAUAUACCGCAAAAGAGCUCCUUUUGGGAAUUCUUUUCGUCCCCUAAUGUAUCAAUAGUGACCGGCAUACGGCUAUUCCCCGAAGGCCAACGGGUUUCCGUGGAACGGUUCGCAGAACUAUGCCAGAAAUUGAACUACCCAGCCUGUCCCCAUAUGACCACAGCCGACAAAAGAAUCGUGCACCUCUACGUGCCGGGGUUUCAUCGCGCUGGCGAAUCGGGCACAGCUGAUUCAUUCGGUGAGCAUUUUGAGCGGAAUAAUCGCGGCGUCAAAUGUAAGGUUUGUAACACAAUCGUGACAUUGGAUACGUCAAAUCCACGUGGGAGACCCAUGGCGUGUGCCAUAAUCUUCAUACGACCGGUUGGGAGGCUUAUAUCUCCUCUGGAGCCUGCCUGGCUGGCGUCAACUUCUUCUGAAGGCUCGUUACUAAGUCGAGAACGAGAAAGUCAAGUGUAUGAGGCGGCUCAUUCAUUCUACCAUGCAACCCAGGCUCCGAUCGCGGGCACAGCCAUAGAGAGUAAUAUCGACUGUAUCCCUCUCUCACUCCCUACAUCUUCGUUGAUGGCGAGGCUCGGUGUAACCAUCUGGUCUGCUGUGAGUUCAUGUAUUCCAGAAAAGCGUCACCGGCGGAAGUCCGGCCAUAUUCACCGGAUCACUUAUACGGACAUUCUCUAUCGGUUAACCCCUAAGUUCAAUAGAGAGCGUGAAGAGGGCCCCUAG